AUGCAUCGAAUUGGCUGCAGAUUUUUACUUACCAUCUGGACUGUGCCUUUCCUGGCGAAUAGUGCGAGUAACGUUGUACUAGAAAACAACGGAUAUAAUAACGUGUUGAUUGCAAUUCACAACGAUGUUGAUGAAGUAGAUGGAUUAUUGAAUCGUAUUAAGAUCUUAGAAAGUAAUGGCGCUGAUCCAACAGGUGGCACCGUUGUCCUGAUAACGGACGGUACUGAGAAUGAACCGCCAAUGAUAUCUACUGUAAUAAACACACUUGUGGGUGCUGGUGUCGUUGUGUCCUGUAUUGGUAUUGGACCAGAAGCAGAUGAGCAGCUAGCGUUCAUUGCUUCCGAAACAGGCGGUUCAUCCUACCACCAUGUAGACGAGGACAGUGUGGCAGAUUUAUCUCAGAUAUUCAACAGUGUUGAGUUUUAUCGUUCUAAUAGUGACUGGAACAUGGCUACCUUACAGAUUUACAGUGAAACCAUAAUUUUAGCUGCAUCUGAUGUAAUUGGUGGUAAUUUUUACAUUGAUUCAACCAUUGGUGAAGGUACCACUAUGACGGUUUUCUGGAAACAGGACAGUGCACCCAUUGACCUCACGAUUAAUGACCCAGAUAAUGACGUCAUAGACGAUUCGUAUUCGGGGUAUGAAAUAAAAAUAGAUUUCAAGAUGGUGGAAGUUAGGAUUGCCGGAGUUGCUAAGACGGGUCGCUGGGAGUUCCACGUGACUAAUCCUACAAUCGAAGCUCUGACACUCUCAAUAUCAGUCAAUUCCAAACCGACAGAGGGCAGUACACCACCACUUCAUGUUAGUCCCCAUAUUUUAGUAAAUAAGGUGAAUUUUACGGAUACGCCCUCACCGAUGAUGAUCAUAUCAGCCGAGGUGCUGAGAGGAUAUGACGCAGUGAUUAACGCUAAUGUGACGGCCAUAUUGCGUGUAUCGACCGCAUUAGAUGAUGGGACCGUAACUGAAGUGUCAACUUUAACCUUGAAAGAUAACGGUGCAGGUGGUGAUUUACAUGAAGAUGAUGGCAUUUACUGUGCAUUUUUCACUUCAUAUAGCAUCGACGGUAAAUACAAUAUUAAAAUCAUAGUGAACAAUGAGGAUGCUUCUGCAGGUAUUGUCUAUGACGCUGUAAGGAACAGAGGACCAGAAAUACCUACCGACGGUGAACCAAAUGAACCAAUCACAGAGCCAGCUGAACAGUUUACACGUAUUGCCAGUGCCGGUUACUUCUCCGUUUCUGAUCUACCGCCAAACAUGACGUCACACGACUGGUUCGCCCCGUCCAAAGUGACUGACCUGAAAGUGACCAACAUAUCAAGUGAAGAGCGAACAGCUGUUCUAUCAUGGACAGCCACGGGGGACGAUUAUGACCAAGGCACAGCUUCAUUUUAUGAUAUCCGAUUUAGUUCAUCCUUCAGUGAAUUACGUAAUAGCUUUGAAUCGACGUCAUCAGUAGAAGGUCACCAUGGUAUCGUAGGUGGAUUGCACGCACCGCAGAACAGUGGAAACAACGAAGUGAUCACGCUCGUAAUAAACAACAGCGUCAUCACCGGUCAGCGAGUUUGUGUUGCACUGCAGGCUGUUGACGACAGUGGACACAAAUCUGAAACUUCCAAUAUUGUGUCAAUAGUAUUCCACUCUGAAGAGCCAAUGCACAUGCGCAGUGACCAAACUAAAACAAUCAUCCUUGCAUCUUGUAUCACUGUCAGUAUUGUAGUCACGAUAAUUGUAGUACUUUUCAUUAUAAGACAACUGAAAAUGAAGGCUUCGAUAGCUGUCGGAGUGUAA